AUAGACCCUUUUCGCAGUGCUGUUUCAGUUUUAAGCACAUUUAGCGCAAAGUAUGUUAAUAUUGUCAAGUGUAGUUUUAGCACAUUUAUCAAAUAUACUAGUUCUUUAUGGAACUGUUCACGCUUUGAAAACAACAGAGCAUCAGGCUCUCAUUGGAACCCGGUGUUCAGCCAGAUGUUUGGAAAGACAUGAUGACGAGUUUGAACAAAGUUCUGCGGAUCAAAAUAUUUGGGACAGUUCAGAGAUCCGUUUGUCGAAGUACAAAGACUGCCUUACUCUUGGAACAUUAAAAUGCUUUCAAUGCAUAAACCCGUGCUUGAGAAGCUUCACCAGUAUGAACCAGUGUAUGAUGUUUUGUCACGACUCAUUGGAGUGUAUGAUGAGCUGUGUUUUCUUAAAAGAAAUGAGUGAACAUAAGAUGGGAUAUUGUCCUGCUGCCUCAACUAUAUCGUACACAGAUUACCAAGAAAAUGUGGGAUAUGGUCUUGUUGAAUAUCUAAGAAACACUUCGGCACAGAUGUCUUGUAGUAAUGAAUGUCAGAGCGAUUUCCAAUGCAAAACAAAUUUAAAGUGUUGUAGGAGCGUGUGCCAGAAUAUAUGCCGACAUCCAUUGAAUCGCAAAGCCUGGCUUCCACCACCGGUAGCAACUUCGGAUAUAAGAAUAUUAGAAAAUAGAUAUGGUCUUGCAAUGCUUCGGUGGAGACCCGGAAUAUCAACGACACAGGCUGCCAAAUCAGUCAUGUUUGUGGUGGAAGAGCAAUAUUACUUAUCGAAAGGGAUUCCAAAAAGAUGGAGAAACUGGAACAUCGUAGCGCAAACGUCAGACACUACGAUGAAACUGCACCACUUGCGCAGAGGAUAUUGGUAUCGAUUUCGAAUCGCUGCAGUCAACCUAAAUGGAACAAAAGGUUUCACCGUCGCCCAGCAACCCUUCCGUCUUUCUGCAAAGCCAAGAAUUCCUCCGCCAGCAAGAAACAUUGAACAAGUGAGCAUUCGUAUUGUUCGUGGAAUGAAACUCAAUCUGCAAUUACGGUGGAAAUUGGAAAAAGACGUACCCAAUGAUUUGCCCAUAAAAGGAUUUCAUAUUCGUUUCUCUGAGACCAGUACCUCUGGUCACCCAAUCCGACACAAAACACGACACAAAUUUGUGCGAGCAACACACCGAAUUUAUUCUGGAGGUGAUACAUGGUGGCUUACUUGGGUUCGAAACCUUCGGUUUUACAACCACUAUAACAUUUCUAUUGUUACCGCAAGUGGCUGGAAGAACUAUACCUUGUACAGCAGACGAACUUAUACCUCUGCUACGUAUCCCCACCAAGCUCCGACUCAAAACCCGCGAAACGUCUUAAUCCACCCCCCAUUCACCAUAAAAAACAACACCGUUCAAACCAACCUGACAUGGCAGUUCACUUACUCAGAAGCUGCAAUGGCGACAGUAAAGUUUAUGGUCGAGUGGACCGUUGAUUUUUGUUUAGGGGAAUACCCAGUUUCGCCUUUUAACCAAGAACUCGUCAGCAAAACCGCUUUUCUAUUGGUGGACCUUGGCCUUGCUUGUCGUUACUUUGUCUCGGUUCAAGCCAUGUAUGGUUCGCUCCGACACCAAUGGUCUACUCCGGUGAAAAUAAUCAUUGAUACUCCGCCAUGCGUUCUGCAACAAGAAUGGUUGGUAACAAACUUGCCAGGUUCUUGCACAUUUCCAAAGAUGGAAAACUUCGGUUUAGAGGUUUUACGGAUUCCUGUAACGGUGGUCGAAACGAACUCUGUGAACGAAGUCGAUAAAACAACCGGGAAACUAACUUGGGAGGGAAAUACAGACGGUUUCAUGAACCUUUUAGUUGAUGGAUACUUUGUCACUUAUUCCAGUGAUAAAUCUGCAGCAAAGAAAUGGCAAUUGGUGGAGUUUAAUGUGACGUCAACUCUGAAUAUUUCACCAUUAGUACGAAAUGUGACUUACACAGUGGAGCUAUUCCAGGUAUCGGGGAAGUUUGCUUGUUCAGCAUCUGUUACCAAAUUCACGACCAGGAUAUGAGGAGACUGAUAAUUGUAUAAACACGAUAUAGCAUACUGCAUGACGCUUAUAUAAUAUAUAUUAUAUAUAUAGACUUUUUCGUCCAAAGUUGUU